AUGCGUACACGAUCCAACGAUCGCGACUGUGAAACUGUGCUAAAUGGAACUGACUGGCGUUCAAUGUUAAAGCAAAGAUACGAGGAACAAGAAGUGAAUAUGGCGAUACAGAGUGUCUCUAGAUAUCCCAGCAGCCCGGUGGAGGCGACUGAGCCCCCCAAAACCUCCAGAAUUAGCUUCAGCGUAGCAUCUAUUUUGGCGGACACAAAAUCCAACCAAGUCGAUGAGACGGAAAUGAUCCGGCACCAUAGAACGAUACCAGAAUCACCUUUACGACAGUCACCUGGGGCACAACCGGAACUUCCAGGAGCAAAAUCUGUGUCUCCACGGCCAUCAUCACAAACGCUACCCUUGAAUUUGAAUGUGUCUGCGCCUUUGACAUCGUCGGACGAAGAAUAUGAGGAUUCUGUCAAUCAGGAAGACUCGAUAGUAGAUGUAGAAGACAUACAGAAUGGGCACAGCGAUGAUGAAGAUAGAUCAACGCCGAAUGAUAAGGAGAGAUUAGGGCCGAUUCGACCGACACCGUUCAGCGCAUUGGCGGCGGCGGCGGCGGCCUAUCACGGGCUGGGAUGGGCUGGUCCCUCUCCCGUGGUACCGUCUUUUGGACCACUGUUCCAGUCACAUUAUGGAGGACACUUAACAGGUAAGCUAAAUUUUUUUGCAUAG